UGCGCGGGCCAGGGUUGUCAGCGGGCCGCAACUAUCGCUCGCGCAACGUCUGGCAACGCUUGAGCUGACUGGCCCAGUAUUACCAUGCGUCUGGGUGUUUUUUAAAGAUCCCUCAACGGUCACGCUUUGCAUAACAAUUCACAUUUUCCAAUUGCACUUUUAUUUUUUAUUAAAAUUUGUAUUAAAUCUACAAACAAUUAAGAUGUCUCUGUCGCCAGCCAGUGGCAUUGGUCGCUUCUACGCCAAGUCGGCCAAGAUCAUACGUUUCGUGCGCCUGGGCUGCACGAACCGGCCUUUCUACCACAUUGUGGUCAUGGAGAGGCGCAAGAAUCAGCACCAGCCCGUCAUAGAGCAGGUCGGCUCCUUUGAUCCCCUGCCCAACGACUACAACGAGCGCUUGGUGGCCCUGAACACAGAAAGGAUUCGCUACUGGCUGGGCAAGGGCGCCCACUUGUCCACGCCGGCUGCAGAACUCUUGGGAAUCGCCGGACUACUGCCCAUCCACCCACGCACCUACAUGUCCGCCUGGCGGAACCGGAGAGCUGCUGCCGAGGCGGAGGCCACAGCAGAGAAGGCGGAAUCAACCGCUUGAAGACCAUAGUAGUUCCUCAAUAAAAGCCUCGUUUUCGUUUUUACGUUUAACAA